AAAAUUAACUUUACGUAAAAGAAUAAUAAUCCUCAAAAUUUAAAGCUAAACGCUAUUUGCCACAAAUAUGAUUGUCAUAUCACUUUCUGUCCUGUGAGCAAGCGAAGUAGCAUUUCAUUGGUAAUUCUGUCACGGCUUUAAUACUUUGUAUUGUAGGAAGUGCUUUCACAUCACGUUGAGUGACUGAGCUCGUUUUUAUAAGAAACUAUAUUAUAAUAUUAUAAGGCCGCGUGGAAAAAAUAUACUGUAGCUAAUUUUUAUUUUUAUUUUAGAUGGCAAACAUCAAAAAGUUGUUGGAGAGCUGGCAAAAGGCCCUCAACAUGGUAAUGAAGGACCACCAAUACAUGCUGCGGCGGGAACGGGACGAGACAUCGGAGGACAUCAGCGCCUCGCGGCGGCUCGACUCCGACACCGACACCGCCAUCGACGAGUACAGCCCCGACUGGGACAAUCCUGGGCCUUACAAGAACUGCUACCGGGAGCCUGAAAUAACAGAAUGUUCAGGUGACUACCCAUGCCACGAGUACAACGAGCACUAUUACGGAAACUGCUACGAGGAGACCGAAACGUCGGUGUAUGAAGAACAGGAGUCGAAGUGCGAAGCGCAGGCCGCGCCGAGCGAGCGCGCGCAGCUGCCGCGCCUGGUCGAGGAGACCAGCAGCCAGCUGCUCGCCUUGCAGGACCUCACUCUCGACCACGAUUCGUCGAACGACUUCCUCACGGUUUAAUUUUUGCGACAUUAAAAUUGAUGAUUGAA